AUGUCCGGUGGCAGCUACGUUCCCAUGCAGGAUACCAUGCAACAGAUGCUGCAGCCCUGGUCGACGGUCGUCCCAGACCAUUACGCCAAUCCCAACGCUUACUGGGGGCCGUCACAUACCCUUGCGGCAUUCUCGCAACCAUGUUUUCCAGAGGGCAUUUUCGACCACAGUACAACGUUCAGCAUCGACCAGCAUUAUCAGAACAUACCCUUUCCGGCGAACCAGGAUUUUGACAACACCGAGGGCCUCAGUAAGCCAAAGAAAGCUCGCGCAAUACAGUGGAUGUCUACACAUGCGAGCGGACUUUCAGUGUUAGCAGAAAAGAUUGACAAGUUUGAGUUCUUGCUUCAAAAGGCAGAACAUCUGCACUCGCGAACAGAGGCGCCACUACAUCCGAAGCAGUCAUCACGCGAACAUGAGACGCAGGGAUCUUGUCAAGGCAGCCACGAAACGCAUGCAAGAUCCGCAUGGCUACCAGUGACACAAUGGCCGAAAGCCGAAGACUGCGCGCCUCUUCGAUUACGCCCAAAUGAGCCGGUACAAAACAGCAUCAAAGAAGAUGCUGUACAUCCCGAGGAGGAUCUCAAACACCUUCAAUACAUCUCGGCGCCCCUGCAGCCCAACAGUGCGAUGGCCGUAGACCUGGACAUUACCAAGAUUGGGUCAAUUUUCAACAGUUUUCUGGAUCAUCUCGAUAUCUUCCACUCAUUCCUUGACCAAGAAUACAUGCGUGCUGUGUUCCACCGCUUUAUCGAAAGACAUGGCAGAUCCAGGAACUAUCCCGGUUACAGCAUCUCUUCCUAUAGACCGGAUGAAGGACGACCUCUCAAGAGAAGAAGAACCCACAUUGGAAGCUCUGAGUGCGAGCAAGCAUCAAUAGAAAGGUCACCAACUAGCGCCAUGAUCCUACUUGCACUCGCAAUCGGCGAAAUAACGACGCAGCGGGAGCCGCUCUCAAGCACGUCAGAGCCUCUGGCGCCCUUCACCUACAGCCAGGAACAUGAAAGCUUGCGACUGAUCCCAGGAAUCGGGUACUUCGCAGCUGCCAUGAGCAUCAUUGGAGACUACAUGGACGGAAAUGAGUUGAUACACGCUCAGAUCUUCCUACUUGCUGGUUUGUACAAGGCCCAGCUGGCGCGAACAAGAGAGGCAUCAAGUUGGUACUCCAUGUCCGGCCGUGUACUUACUCAUUUGAUCUCUCGAAGGCAUCUAUUCGAUGAGAACGAGUCGGUCACAUCAACCCAAGGAAUCGAACAAAAGACAUUCCAUGCGAUUCAGCCGUACAGAAGCUCUCAAGACGAUCUAAUACUCCGUGCGGCGUGGGCUUGCCUUCAGCUUGAAGAUGAGCUACUCCCAGAACUGCGCCUUCCUCAGAGCCGACUGGAGCGUCUCAGAGAGAUUAUACUACUACCCAUUCCAGCAGCCAGAGGGUCUUGCACAAAGCAGAAUAAGUUGCCGGGUGCUGAGACAGACGAAUACCGACGAUUGAUAUAUACCGCACAGCUACAGCUGUGGAGAAAGUUUGAUCGCAUCAAGGCGUUUUUACGAUCAGAUGCCGUCCACAUGCUUGGUGAGGACGUUCCUCAAUUAUUCGAACACCACGCCGAAUCUCUACAGCGAUGGAGAAGUCAACUUCCGCCUGCGGUACAAUGGGACGACCAAGGUCAACCAUCUAACGACGUACUGCACGCUCAGCUGAGGCAUUUCUACUGGAAAGCUAAGACGACCAUUCUACUUCCUUUCCUGUACUACACGUUUCACAACGACAAAACGGUUGGCAGGAAUGAAGGAACUGGAAGCGACAAAAUCCAUCGAGGUGACACCGACACCAAAUGGCAUAUCCUCGGUGCCGUGGGCAACUUAGCUCGAACGUCUGGCGAUGAAGAAGUUCUCCGUCUUGCAGAGCUCUGCAUUGAGGCCAUUAAGCAGAGCCUGGCAGCAUACACAGGCAUCAGUACACGACUCGUUGUCUCAAACAUUCAAUCUGACGCACAUGGACAGUUCGAGAGUCUGAUACUGCUGGUGGCAGCAUCGCAGAGUGAACGACUUUCUCAGCUUGUCCCCACUGAGGAUCUUCAGCAGACUCUAGAGGAUGUAUUGUGCUUUCUGAGAGAGCUCUCCCCCAUCUCUCCGACGGCUGCCGCUGAUCGCAAUGUUCUUGAAGGACUUGGAAAGGCUUUGGGUCUUUUGCGAUGA